AUGUACUAUGCUGAGCUGCUCCUGUAUGUAUUCUUUUGUAACUAUUUUCUGUUAAUAGUUCACUGAAGUUUAUUGCAAUGUACUGGCCGCCUGCUCUUCUUCUUUCUUGGAUUACCUGCCAUUUAGGGGCCUACCUUCCCACUGCCCUCAUCUCACCUGUCAUCAUAUGGUAGAAACCAAUUAUGUAGAAACCAGUCUUUUCACCUAUCGGUGGUCAUUAAGGAAAGGAACGUUUAUUUUUAGUAGCCCUUACCUCAGAAGCCAACCAAGGGCUGUGUCCUAAUCCAGUUGAAUCAGUGAGCUCACCUGAGAGCAGGCGUUCAUUUAGCAGCCAGGUCAUUACUGACAGUGACAGUGUGUGUUUAGAGUAUUGGUGUGUUUGCAGGCAGUCAUUUGUGUCUCAUAUUACAUCUCCUUUCCCCAAUUGGCCGUUUGCCAAGCAUUUGAACAUUUCCCAUUAGAAAUCAGCUUGACGAGAUUCGGUCAAAGCCCACCCAGAGUGGAUGAAUGCAUCCUGGCCAGAUCCUCUAUUGGACCACAUAUUGAAUUUCUAUCUUUGUGCCUAUAUGACUUUGCCAUUUGUGGGCUGGCAAUGAGUCACUGAAAGCCUGUGUGUGUGUGUGUGUGUGUGCGUGCAUGUAUGCGUGUCUGUGUGCAUACGUAUGUGUGUCUGUGUGUGUGUGUGUGUGUCUGCGUCUCUGUGUGUGCGUGCUUGUGUAUGAUCCCCAGUCCCAUUAAUCUUCUCCAGAGGGUCAGUGGCCUCACAGUCAGUGGGAGAUCUAUCCAAAUUGGCUUAGCAUUGAUCACUGGCCUGACAAGAUACCCUUUCAGUGUCAUUUGACCCUCAUUUUCGGGGUACUUUACAAGUGUGUCUGUGUGUAUGUGUAUAUAGUGUGCAUGUGCGUGUUACAGACAUAGGAAUAGAGUUAUUGCCUUUCUCUCAGCUAAUAAAACCAGCUUUAAGUCGCUCUGACCUUUGACUCAGGUAGGAGUAGCACUUGUUGUCAGGCAGACCCUGAAAAACAUUCCAACCCCGAAAAACAUUCUAACCCCAUAGCCAUGUUCUGAAGCGAACUAAAAUACUUAUUCAAAUACACAUUAACUGGGCUGUAAAGCACAUUCAUACACAUUAAUCAUUUUCACUCAGAAGACACAGUAUUUUACUACUAUAUGGGCUCUGGUCAAAAGUAGUGCACCAUAUAGGGAACAGGGUGCCAUUUUGGACGCAUGCCUGGAACAAGACUGUCUGCUGUGCACAAGGCCUUUACUUCUUAUUUUCCCCCUGAUAUACAGUGUUAAUGUCUCUCCUCUCCUCUUCCCAGUCUGAAAGCCGCCCUCUCUUCCCCUCCCGUGUGCGGUACCGUGGACGUCUCUGGUGUGCCACUGGGUGUACUGGACACGGAGCACCUGGCUGCCCACCUCUGCCUGCACGCCGCCCGUGUGCGAAGCCUUGAGUUGGGCUUUACCGAGCUCACAGACCAGGUAUUACGAAAACCGCUCAACAUUACGAAUACAGCUUGUAUAAUAUAUUAAAUAACUACGACACAUUGUCAUUUCAACCAAAAAUCAUAGUAUUUCACGUUCUAAAACAAAAAUUCUAUACUGAGCAAGAGCUUGUGUAACCCAUCCCCAGCACAACAUGGAAUAUCUCCAGAGAAAGGAAGUUACACCCUAUUAGUAAUGCACAGACGCAGUCGCCAGUUGUCUCCAAAUAACCAUGUAUAUUUUGGUGAAUGUCACAAUAUACAAGGGAUGCAUUUUCAACUCUGUUAUGCUCCAGGGGGAAGUUUCCACUAGGUGCAGAUCCAGUAUCAGUUUCCCCUCCCCCAAUCUUACACUUAAAAUUAGUGGGGGAAAUGCAUCAGUGACUAAGGGCAACUUCACCCUACUCCCUCUGUUACACAGGCACUGCUAUUGCUGCUGCCCACGCUGGCCACGCUGCCCUGCCUCCAGACGCUGGCGCUCAACGGCAACCGGCUGACGCGCAUCGUCCUCCACCAGCUCACCGACGCCCUCAAGGACCCGCGCUGCUUCCCCACCCUCACCUGGAUGGACCUGGGCAACAACGUGGACAUCUUCUCCCUCCCCCAGCCCUUCCUCAUGGGCCUGAGGAAGCGCUGCCCCAAGCAGGGCAAGCUGCCCACCAUCCAGGAACAGGGAGAGGCCCAGGGACAGGGGGGCCAUGCCCAGGGAGAAGACCAUAACGGCAGGCCACCCGAAGGGGAAAGCAGGGCUAGAGCUGGGGCCUCUGGUGAGUGGCAGGGAUGGAGGACACUGGACGAGACUGAGGAAGAGGAGUUAGAGGGUGAGCUAUGGGACUGUAACAUGAGGAUGCACAAGAUUGAAAAGAGUGCAACGAAGAGUAAGUGA